AUGCUCGACCAGCUCUCGCCCGUUGCACCUGCAAGAGUGCGAGUCGUUCUGCUGCCAGUUGGACAAAUUAAACGUGCCCGGUUCCUCAGCUUCGUCAAUAGACUACAGCCAGAAAAUGUCGUGCAACUGGGGGAUGUCAGUCCAGAUGGACGGCCGAACAGGAACAUGUUCUCUCCCCUAGCCUUUUCUACGGGCAUGAUUGUAUACAACCUCACUACAUUCUAUCCUCCUCAGUCCCACGUUACUCUGUCCCCAUUCGAAAUCUAUCGCGAACCUCUGGUCAUCGUUGCCAUUGCAGACGGGACAGAGCUAGACCACGUCUCUGAUCGGGGUAACAGAAGGAGUCUCAACGGAAAUGGGGUUCACCGGAAGGCCCAAAAGGACCAUAACCUGCGCGAACUUUACCAGGAUUUGGAGGAUCUGAGAGACAGAUACCCUAAGGCCUUGGUACACCAGAUUUUGUUAUUUGACCAUGUUCCAGAGACAGGAACUGCUCUACCAGAGGGGCUGGUAGCAGUGCCUCCGCCGGAGCAAUGCAGGAGGACUACAAUGAAGACGAUCAUGUGUGAUAUCUCUUCGAUGUUACUGGCAGAGAUGACCACUUUGGCAAAGUCCUUGCAGGUUUUACCUACGAUAGAGUCUCCGAGUCAGUCUCAGCUUAGCAGACAAUCGAAUGGACCAUGGCAAGCCCAAGCAGAUUUAUCGUCGCGGCGCAAGUCUCAAAUGACACUACCAUCGGAUUCUCGAGCUGGCUCUCGGGCUGGUAGCGCGGAUAGGAGCCAUGUCCGAAUGUCUAUGCCAGUUCAACAACUGCAAAGAGCAGAUUCAGAUUCAUCGACAACUUUGGGCAGAAGUCGGGGUGCUAGUAAUGCCUCUGCUCACCCUACUACUUUUGAUGACAUCGUGGGCUCCAGUGCUCAAGAUUUGAAGAGUGUUCAAAAAGCUCUGCCCUCUCGAUUCGCUGGUGGUGACCCAAUUCGAGACAGAAGCCAAGAUAGGGUGUCCGUUCAAGGUUUUGGAUCCAAUAGUGUUAGUGAACGAUCGAGAAAUAAAGGCAAGGGCCGCAUCAGCACGGUAAUAGGAUCACUUUACAUGUGUGCCGGAAGGUGGCCGGACGCACUAAAAGAGCUUACUGAGGGCGCCUCAAUUGCGAAAAAUAACCUGGAUCAUCUGUGGCAUGCCAAAGCUCUUGAUAAUAUUCUUGUUACGAUGCUCAUGCUUGCGUGGGCUGGUCUGGAUUUUCAGAUUCCUCAAAUUUGCUAUGUUUCUGCAGACAAAGCUCCCUCGACAUCAAACCCUCAAGAUCAGCGAGGUUCUGCAAAUAAUCGUCUGGUGGCUCUCCGUAAUCUGGAAGCUCUCCUACCGGAGCUGCUCGAUCGGAUACUGAAUAUCUAUACCAGGGCGACUAACAACACCGGAGAAGCCAUGCCACAGUUUCCUUUCUCCGAAACCGCCAUCCGAUUCUCCAAACUUCUUUCUACAAUCCAUCUUGCAAGAGGAACAUUGAACGACGAUGUUUUGCAGCUUAUAGUUCUCGAUACCCCUUUUAAAACGCCUGCAAGUUUAGUGCCCCCACGAUUGCACAUACAGCCAACACGGACAGAAAUUAUGACAACUCUUUUUCGAGCCUUCCCCGCUUCUGCGUCCCCGGAAAGUCUUCAGCUUGUCGACCGAACCUUAGUCCUGAGUGGAAUCGCAUCCGUGCUCGGAUCUUUAGGCCUCCAAAGGAAGAAGGCUAUGGUCAUCCGGGAACUGGUGGCUGUCAUAAUACCUGGCCUGGUCCAAGCCCGCAUCAAAGGUGCUGCUGAUAUGGGUGUUCAUCCCGCUGCCGGACUAUCUGCCCUUAUUUCUGCAAAUUCCAACACAAAUGGAGCUGGCGGUCUCGACCUUGGCGAAGGCGAUGUAGAAACUGGUGUCGAUACCUUUCUUUGUUCGUUGGUGCAGACAUACGGCGUUGUUUCCUCGACGAAUAACUCAAAUGCCAAUGACCCGACCGACGACUCGGAUGAAGCGGUCGUAGCGAGGAUCUUACACAAUGCGUCCGUGAGAUCUUUUGGUGGGCAAAUUCUCAAGAUGGACGUGCUUCGGUCUUGCAUAAACAUUUCAGAAGCCCUGCCUGACUUUCACGGUGUCCUCAAAUUUACGGCAGACCUGCUGAGGACUGCUGGCAGUGGUGUCGCUCCUGGGCCCCGAAGCGAGGAUGCAUCUCCUUUGAUGAGCCGUGAGGAGCAGGUCAGGCUUGCCACAAAUAUUUCUAGAACGCUAAGCGCGGCAAGAAAUCUGGGAGUCAAGGACCUACAAGCUGAAUACUGGGACGAGUUUCUAUUGCGAGGGGUUGAGCUAGAUCCACUGUCGCCGACCCGUACGCCAAUCCCUCAUACUAAGAGCGAGCUUCCCGGAGCGACUGCCUCUUCAGAAGCGAAAGAAGUCAACCCGUUCAUCUACAAUCCUUUUUUGCGAACUCCGGAUACUGCUGCAGCCGAUCAUCUGUUGGUUGCUGGGGAAGGAGCCAUUUUUCGAGUCACGCUACAGAACCCUUACGAAUUUGAUGUUGAGAUUGAAAGCAUAAGACUCGAGACGGAGGGGGCCGAAUUCGAAUCUUCGGCGCAGAAAACAGUCAUAGGGCCAUAUCGGACUCAAAUCCUCACCAUCCCCGGAACACCCAAAGUUGCAGGAAAGCUCAGAAUUACCGGAUGCCUGAUCCGUGUGAGAGGGUGCAGGGAGAGACGGUUUCCAAUAUUCGAUCAGCCUUGGUCACCUCAGAGAGAACUCAAAAUCAAGACAAUCGGGGUUGCUGCACUGUUCAAGCCAAAAGACCGUCCUGUCAGUGUCAGUUCUGGACCUGUGACCACUACGCCGGCUGCCGUGGCGCCCAAACCCACAUCUCUUGGGCUCAGCGUUAUUGACAGACAACCUGUGGUCGUUGUGAAAUCAACGAGUCUCUCUCAAUCGGCCCUCAUGGUGCUAGAAGGCGAGCGACAGGUGUUCCAGCUAACACUUCAAAAUCUGUCCAAAGAAACACCGGUGGAUCUCGUGCUGUUCUCUUUCAAGGACUCGACACAGACUCCCCUUCAAACGGCGAUGAGUAAUCGUGAUGCAUCCCCUGCGGAGUUAUACGAGUAUGAGCUUAUCUUUGCUCGCAAGCAAGCUUUGCGUUGGAAAAGAAAAGAGAACGAGCGUCUGUACAUUGCGCCUGGUGGGACAGCUACCUUUGAUAUUGAGGUUCUCGGGCGGCCGGGGUUGAAGAGUGCUGUGGUCCAGGUCGACUACGCUCACAUUGGUGUACCAGUCACGGAGAUAGAGGACAAUUUCCAUACUCGCCAGGUGAGCUUGCCACUCACUGUCACUGUGAAUGCCAGUGUCGAGCUAGCCAGGCUUGAUAUCCUACCUCUGACGGGAAGCAUUCCACGGUCGCUGUGGUCAUCAGUCGGCUCUUUUGCCACAGCCGAAAAUGACUUCAGAGCCGAGGACUUCUGCUUGGUCCUCCUGGAUCUGCGAAACGCGUGGCCCUCGCAUCUGCAUAUUCGCCUCGAAAUUCUCCAAGGCGGGUCCAUUGAUGAAGAUAUCCUCCCGGGGAAUACAUCCCGGAUCAUUUUCCCGAUGCGUCGCAUAUUCCUUGACGACCCUUCGGCAUCGAUACCAGCUCUCGACCCUUCUCGAGCACGACAGUUCGUCGUCAGCGCCGGCAAUGUAUCAGCAGAAUCCGAGCGGGCCAAUAGAGAGGCAUUCUGGUAUCGCGAAGAGGUCCUGAAGAUGCUUUCAGGGACGUGGGUCGUGAAAUCCGGACCGCACCGCCAUGGCGACAUCGAGCUACGCAGCCUCCGAUUGAGUCAACGCAUGAUCGAAGCGAUCAAAAUCGACGAUGUCGCGAUUGAACUUUCCGUUAAUGGUAGCACGGGCCCCCAGCACGAGCUCAUCACCGAUGCCUUCUCGGAGCUCACGGUGCGGAUAAGCAACCGCACGAAAGACCCGAUCAACGCCCUCCUCCGACUGCAGCCCUCUCUCCGCAACCAGCCGCACGCCACCUCCCUCGACCUUUCGAAGAAGCUCGUCUGGAACGGCACCCUGCAGCAGAUGCUCCCAGUCAUCCCGGGCCAGGAGUCAAUCGAGAUCAAUUUCGGGGUCACGGGUCUCGCACGCGGCGAAUUCGAGAUGGGUGCCUCGAUCGAAGAAGCACAGCUCAAGAGUGAGCCUCGGAAAGCAGUCACUGCCGACGGGGGAAGGCCCCGGGCCAACACGAGGAUGAUGAUGGACGCGGUGCUCGGUGCGCGGGAGAGGAGGAUCUGGCAUUCGCGGGAGCCGUGUCGGAUCGUGGUACGGGACGAGAGCCGCAGCAGCAGCGAUGGCAGCGAUGACAGUGAUGGCAGUGAUGGCAGUGAUGGCAGUGAUGGCAGUGAUGAUGAGCCUGAUGAAUCGGGAUGA